AAGCGAAUUUUUAACCGACUUUAUUAUAUUAGACAAAAGAAAACGCAGAAGAAGGUUGAGAGAGAGGUUACAGGUUAGAGAUAUACCGUUUAAGAGAUGUUCUUUUUCUUUGUGGGAGGGUUACAGAACGAGGUGCGGCAGGUGGUGAAAUCCGGUGUGGGCGGCUGCACGUACUGCGGUAGGCGCGCGGAUCUCGUGAACUACGAUAAGGUUCUCAAGCUCUUCUUCGUUCCCGUCUGGCGCUGGCCGGCCAAGGAUCCUCUCUUGUAUUGCGCCAAUUGUAGGAACUUCUUUCCGCCCGCCGCCGCCGAUUCCACAGCGCCGCCGCUUUACGACGCCUUGCGCUGCCGCUUCUGCGACCGCGCCGUGGACGCCGAUUUCCGAUUCUGCCCUUUCUGCGGCUCCGAACUCUGAAGACAUAUCACAAAUGAAAUUGAGAGUGCGGUGUAGAACUCUUCCGGCUUAAUCAAAGUGUAUUCUAGAAGCAAAAAAAUUUCAAGUGAGAUUGGAGGAAGGGGGAAGAAGUUUUCAGUCAAUUCAAAACAGCUGAACUGCAACAUCCCAAAAGGCAUUUUGAUACCCUUGCCACAAGUUACCGCUUAAUGACAAUUGCUUUCAGUUUUAAGGGAAUAAACCAAACAAACCUGGGAACACUCCAUCCCUUUGCGAAUGUUGAAGUGUGAGUAAAAGGGGCAUGUGCAAGAUCCAAAAGAUUGUCCAAAAGUAAACCAUGUUCAAUUGGAAGUUCCAUCACAAUCUGUCACAAGUGAAAGAGCCACCGAGUAAGAACACAGGUUUCUUUAUCUUUCAAUCACUCAUAUAAUUAUAAUUCUUUUAUCUUGCAUCGAACACAAUACCUAAUGGAACAGAUUAUAUUCAUAACAUACCUCGGCAUGGAUUUCAAAUCCAGAAGGAGGUAGUAAAGAUGGAAGUGUGGCUGUUGGUGCGUCAUUGCCAGGCCAAAUCCAGAUCAUCCCCUCUUUUUCAAAACAUGGAACUGACUUUAUUUUCACAUUUAGCAGUCGAGUAGAUGGCAUUUUCUCACAUUUUCCAUCUGUGGUAUAUUCCCAGCCUGAUAUCCAACCAUUUGGUAAUUUUAGAGUCUUUCAAUUUUAGUGUACAAAAAUAUGUAGGUUGUGUCAUGUGUAAUUACACAAGUACCAAAAGUGCAUAAAACCCAUUGCUACGACAUAAUCAUUUGUUUCGGCAACUACUAACCAUGGUAAGGGCAUUGGAUACGACCCUCGUUUACUGAACCAAGGUGCAGAGGACAGGCUCUGUGUGCACAUGUAUUCUGGACACAUCCAGGCUUCCCAUCUUUCCCUCUGAAGAUGACCCAAGGUUCCUCGAAACAUUCUAUUGGAAUCUGAGAUAGAAAAGGAGUAACACAUCAGAAUUCAUUCUUAGCUUAGAGUCACUAGAGAAAGCAACAGGGUACCAGAAAUUCUUCAAGAGGGGAUGGUAUGACUGAACCGGGCCUGAUACGUUCAAGCUUUUCCGUGGCUGCCUUUUCUUUUCUGUAUCUAAAUAUUUCGCAGAAGUACUGGGAGAAGAGGAUGUUUGAGCAACUUCAGCAGUGCUUCUGUCUUGCAACAGCCUAUCGCUCACCAACUCUUCCAUGUAAGCAAGUUUAUCUAAAGCAGUAGUAACCCUUGCUUCAGAUAUGUGAACCUGUGGUUAUUCAUUAAGUUACAUAAAUAUAGUGACAGAUUAAUAACAUAUUGACAAGUUUCUUCCAAGUUAUAUGCAUGUUUGGUUUCUCUUGUGACGACAGUAGAUUCACAUCAAAACAGAAGUAGCUAGUAUUUGCUUCUUCAAUCAUUUUAUAAUUUGACAUGUAUCUCAGAUCAAUUGACAAGUAUCCAAACGCAGCAUAGAUCAAUUAAUACCACUGCUAAAAUUCUAUACCUGUCUGUGUGCUUGGGCCAAUUCAUCCUGCAACUCAGCUAGCUCCUUCUUCAGGGUGCCAAUAGAUUUAUAUUCGCGAGCUAGAGGAUUAAGAACUUCAACCACCUACACCCAUAAUUUUUGGAGGUAUAAAUCAACACAUGAUUAGAUGCAUAGCUCAAUGAGUAAAAGGGGGUAGUAAAACAAAAACUAUAUUGUUGUGAGACUCUAAUCUGAUCCAUUGACCAAGUUUGUAUAAAUCAGGAAAAUUCACAAGGGCUAAACUAAACAUCAACAAACACCAUAAUGCAUUCCAGCAUCAAAAUAACAGUUACUAGAAUCAGUUGAAACCUUUUCAUGGAGGAGCAUGAUUGUAAGCACAUCUUGCCGAGCUCGCCAAUCUAAGUAUUGAAUAUCAUAUCUGGCCACUUCAAGGGCUUGAUAUACAUCCAAAAACUUCCCUUUAUUCUGUGGAAUCUUAGAUCUCGGAUCCUCUACAUCAAACAGCGCACCCCAUGCAUUUUUCUUCUCUACUUCGCC